GCGAGGGAUUUUGGUCCCUCAAGUAAUUUCAAUUAUCCCCCGCUUUUUGUGGGACGAACUUGGAUACAGGUGCUAGACUGUGGGGGUGUUUCGUUGUUCGUUUCUCUCCUUACUAAACAGUUCACUGAUACAUCUCUUAGAUCUGCUUUACUCAGGGCACUUACUGGAAUCGAGUAUGUGUUUGGUAGCAAGGAGAAAAUUCUGAAACACUUUCUUGUGGCUAAUAUAAUGCCUCUGCUGGCAGAGCAGUUUGACGAAGUCAUGAAGGAGUAUAGAAAUGUGAGACGACAAUCACAGGAAGGGUUCUGUGUUCAUACAGCUCCUGCAGAUUCAUCGCAGGGUGAUGCUACAGGCUCAUCCAUAGGGGAAGAUGAUAAGGUAUGUGAUGAAGAAAAAAGUGUUAUGGUAUCUGACAAUGAAGACAAAGCCAUGGACAUUGAAGAUGAGAAACUGAAGGGCAAUGGCAAAAAGACUUUGGAAGGUGAAGAAAAGUCAAGUUCAGAUGGAUGUUUGCUGGACAAAGACUUGUCACAGGCAAAGGCUACGGGUGUUACCUCUCUUGACGACUGCUCUUGCAGUGUGCUGACUCAAGGUGGAAAGUUGGCUUCAAAUAUAGAGGUGGGAAUUUAUGGUAAACCCUUGAGUCCAGGAGUGACAUUACCAUGCCCCCAGAAUUCAGGUAGUGUCUCUUGCUCGCCUCAUAGCCACCACUCUAGUACAGAGUCAGAUCAAAACUCUCCCACCUGGUCUCCAGCACAGAGUAAAUAUGAUUCCCCUCCUUCUUCACCGCCAGCAAAUCAUUUUGUUACGAUCAGUGCUGGUCAGUGUCCAUGGGAAUCACCACCUUCUUCACGUCAUUCUUCUCCUUGUUCUUCCCCCAGCUACUUUCCACCCUGGCUUUCACCUCCUCGGUCUGCAUCUCCAAUUAAAGCACCGUCAGACUGGGAAUACGAGGAGGAUGAUGUUGAUGAGUCAUGUGAAAAUGGUAGAUUUUCUCCAGUGAUACCAAAGGCAAAGGAUCUGGAGGAAACCGAAGAUGAAAUAGAUGACGUGGACGAAGGUGACGCAACAACUACAGAAGAUGUUAAUACUGAAGACGAAAAUGUGUCUGCUGAUGAGGACUCUGCUGGGCGAGAAGAGGGAGCAAUAGAAUCACAUAUAAAAAAAAUGCUAGUCAUAAGUCCUACCUCACAGAAACGAUCUAGAGAGACAUCUAGUCCUUGUUGUAGUAAUGUUGAAGUUGAUUCUCUAGAGAAGAAGAUGAAGACUGGUGUUGAGAUUUGUUCGUAUUCCACUGAUAUUGACGAUGAAGGUAAAGAAGCAUCGCUUGUUGGAGACCCCACUGUGUGUAAAAGUCAUUGCUCAGAUGAUACAGUCAAAGCAGACUCAAAAGCCGAUAUAUCAAAACCAGACACAGAUGAAGCAUCAAGUGAAAUUGAAUCAGGACCUUUGAAGACUCCCUUUAUCAGAAUGAACGAAAUAAAGUUCAGGGUUCGGAAACGUCCACGUCGCAAAUUAAGCAUGGAUCCUGAUAGUAAUACAAGUCAAGAUUUGCCAAGUCAGGUAGGGUCAAGGUUUUAUUUCAUUAAACCAUGUCUGCAUGUUUUGCCAAUGCUUCUUUGUCACCUUGAAUAUUUUUUCUCUUGCAGCAAGUUCUUUUCCAUCUUUCCCUUAUAA